CUGAGCGCCGCCGGGGCAGCCCGGAGCAGCGACCCGCCGCCCCCCGAGCGCGGCGCCCGGGCUCCGGCCCGGCGCGCGGGGUCAUGUCGGUCAGCGAGCUGUACAGCCAGUACACGAGGGUGUGGAUCCCUGACCCUGAGGAAGUGUGGCGCUCAGCUGAGUUAACCAAGGACUACAAAGAGGGAGACAGGUGCCUCCAGCUCAGACUGGAAGAUGAAACCGAUCGAGAAUACCCAAUCGACGUCCAAAGCAACCAGCUGCCCUUCUUACGGAAUCCAGACAUCUUGGUUGGGGAAAAUGACCUCACUGCCCUUAGCUAUCUCCACGAACCUGCGGUUUUGCACAAUCUGAAGGUCCGCUUCCUGGAGUCCAACCAUAUCUACACCUACUGUGGUAUUGUGCUUGUUGCCAUUAAUCCUUACGAGCAGUUGCCAAUCUAUGGACAAGAUGUCAUCUACGCCUACAGUGGCCAAAACAUGGGCGACAUGGACCCCCACAUCUUCGCCGUGGCGGAGGAAGCCUACAAACAGAUGGCCAGAGAUGAGAAGAACCAGUCCAUCAUCGUCAGCGGAGAGUCUGGAGCCGGGAAGACCGUGUCGGCCAAGUACGCCAUGCGCUACUUCGCCACAGUCAGCGGCUCAGCCAGUGACACCAACAUUGAAGAGAAGGUCCUGGCGUCCAGUCCCAUCAUGGAGGCCAUUGGCAAUGCUAAAACCACUCGCAAUGACAACAGCAGCCGCUUUGGGAAGUACAUUCAGAUUGGCUUCGACAAACGGUACCACAUCAUUGGGGCCAACAUGAGGACCUACCUGUUGGAGAAGUCCAGAGUGGUCUUCCAGGCAGACGACGAGAGGAAUUACCACAUCUUUUACCAGCUCUGUGCUGCUGCCAGUCUUCCAGAAUUCAAAGAACUCGCGCUAACGUGUGCAGAGGACUUUUUCUACACCUCCCAGGGCGGAGACACGCGCAUCGAGGGCGUGGACGAUGCUGAGGACUUCGAGAAGACGCGGCAAGCUUUCACGCUCCUGGGAGUGAGAGAGUCCCAUCAGAUAAGCAUUUUUAAGAUAAUUGCUUCUAUCCUGCACCUCGGAAGUGUGGAGAUUCAGGCUGAGCGGGAUGGCGAUUCCUGUAGUAUAUCACCCCAGGAUGAGCACCUGGGUAACUUCUGCCGCCUGCUCGGAGUGGAGCACAGUCAGAUGGAGCACUGGCUGUGCCACCGCAAGCUGGUCACCACCUCGGAGACCUACGUGAAGACCAUGUCCCUGCAGCAGGUGGUGAACGCCCGCAAUGCCCUGGCCAAGCACAUCUACGCGCAGCUGUUCGGUUGGAUCGUGGAGCACAUCAACAAGGCCCUGCACACCUCCCUCAAGCAGCACUCCUUCAUCGGCGUCCUGGACAUCUACGGGUUUGAGACCUUUGAGGUGAACAGCUUUGAGCAGUUUUGUAUCAACUAUGCAAAUGAGAAGCUUCAGCAGCAGUUCAACUCGCACGUGUUCAAACUGGAGCAGGAAGAGUACAUGAAGGAGCAGAUCCCUUGGACCUUGAUCGAUUUUUACGAUAACCAACCCUGCAUUGACCUCAUAGAAGCUAAGCUGGGCAUCCUGGACCUGCUGGAUGAAGAGUGUAAGGUCCCCAAAGGCACCGAUCAGAACUGGGCGCAGAAGCUCUACGACCGGCACUCGGGCAGCCAGCACUUCCAGAAGCCACGCAUGUCCAACACGGCCUUCAUCGUCGUGCACUUUGCAGAUAAGGUGGAGUACCUUUCAGAUGGUUUCCUGGAGAAAAACCGGGACACAGUGUAUGAAGAGCAGAUCAGCAUCCUGAGGGCCAGCAAGUUCCCGCUCGUGGCUGACCUGUUCCAUGACGACAAGGACCCUGCCCCUGCCACCGCUGCAGCUGGCAAGGGAUCGUCUUCAAAGAUCAACAUUCGCUCCGCCAGACCCCCCUUGAAAGCUUCCAACAAGGAGCACAAGAAAACUGUGGGCCACCAGUUCCGCACCUCCCUGCACCUGCUCAUGGAGACCCUGAACGCCACGACGCCUCACUACGUGCGCUGCAUCAAGCCCAACGACGAGAAGCUCCCCUUCCACUUUGACCCCAAGAGAGCGGUGCAGCAGCUUCGAGCCUGCGGGGUGCUGGAGACAAUUCGCAUCAGUGCGGCCGGCUACCCGUCCAGGUGGGCCUACCACGACUUCUUCAACCGGUACCGGGUGCUGGUCGCGAAGAGGGAGCUGGCCAACACGGACAAGAAGGCCGUCUGCAAGACUGUCCUGCAGGACCUCCUUAAGGAUCCCGACAAGUUCCAGUUCGGCCGCACCAAGAUCUUCUUUCGGGCAGGCCAGGUGGCCUACCUGGAGAAGCUGCGAGCUGACAAGUUCCGGGCAGCCACCAUCAUGAUCCAGAAAACCGUCCGCGGCUGGCUGCAGAAGGUGAAAUACCGCAGGCUGAAGGGGGCAACCUUGACCCUGCAGAGGUACUGCCGAGGAUACCUGGCCCGCAGGCUGGCCGAGCACCUGCGGAGGACCAGGGCGGCCGUGGUGCUGCAGAAACAGUACCGCAUGCGGAGGGCACGCCUGGCCUACCAGCGGGCGCGCAGGGCUGCCAUUGUCAUCCAGGCCUUCGCUCGGGCCAUGUUCGUGCGCAGAAUCUACUGCCAGGUCCUCAUGGAGCACAAGGCCACCGUCAUCCAGAAGCACAUGCGAGGCUGGAGGGCGCGCAGGCGUUUCCUGCAGCUGCGGGCCGCAGCCAUCGUCAUGCAGUGUGCCUUCCGGAGGCUCAAGGCCAAGCGGGAGCUGAAGGCCCUCAGGAUCGAGGCUCGCUCGGCGGAGCACCUGAAGCGGCUCAACGUGGGCAUGGAGAACAAGGUGGUCCAGCUGCAGCGGAAGAUCGACGACCAGAACAAAGAGUUCAAGACCCUGUCGGAGCAGUUGUCGGCGGUCACCUCCACACACGCCAUGGAGGUGGAGAAGCUGAAGAGGGAGCUGGCGCGCUACCAGCAGAGCCAGGACGGGGACACCAGCCUGCAGCUGCAGGAGGAGGUGCAGAGCCUGCGCACGGAGCUGCAGAGAGCGCACUCGGAGCGCAGGGUCCUGGAGGAUGCCCACAGCAGGGAGAAGGACCAGCUGAGGAAGCGCGUCACAGACCUGGAGCAGGAGAACGCCCUCCUGAAAGAUGAGAAGGAGCAGCUCAACAACCAGAUCCUGGGCCAGUCCAGAGACGAGGCUACCCAAAGCUCCAUGAAGGAGAACCUGAUGAAGAAGGAGCUGGAGGAGGAGCGGGCCCGGUACCAGAACCUCGUGAAGGAGUUCUCCCGGUUGGAGCAGAGAUACGACAACCUGCGGGACGAGAUGGCCGUCGUAAAGCAAACCCCAGGCCACAGACGGAAUCCAUCAAACCAGAGUAGCUUAGAAUCUGACUCCAAUUACCCGUCCAUCUCCACGUCUGAGAUCGGAGACACGGAGGAUGCCCUCCAACAGGUGGAGGAAGUCGGCCUGGAGAAGGCAGCCAUGGACAUGACGGUCUUCCUGAAGCUGCAGAAGAGAGUGCGGGAGCUCGAGCAGGAGAGGAAGAAGCUGCAGGGGCAGUUGGAGAAGAAAGAGCAGCAGGACAGCAGGAAAAACCAGGCGGAACAACCCAAGAACGACCUGGGUCUGGACCAGGAUGCGGAUCUGGCCUACAAUAGUCUGAAGAGGCAGGAGCUGGAGUCGGAGAACAAGAGGCUGAAGAACGACCUGAACGAGCUGAGGAAAGCCGUGGCCGACCACGCCACGCAGGACAACGCCACGCACAGCUCUCCAGACGGCUACAGCCUCCUGCUGAACCAGCUCAGGCUGGCCAACGAGGAGCUGGAGGUGCGCAAGGAGGAGGUGCUCAUCCUCCGGACGCAGAUCGUGAGCACCGACCAGCGCCGGCUCGCUGGCAAGAACGCGGAGCCCAACAUUAACGCCAGGACAAGCUGGCCUAACAGCGAGAAGCACGUGGACCAGGAAGACGCCAUCGAGGCCUAUCACGGGGUCUGCCAGACAAACAGGUUGCUGGAGGCGCAGCUGCAGGCCCAGAGCCUGGAGCACGAGGAGGCGGUGGAGCGGCUGCAGGCCCAGGUGGAAGCCCUGAAGGAGGAGCUGGACAGGCAGCAGCAGACCUUCUCCCAGACGCUGCUGCUCUCCCCAGAGGCCCAGGUGGAAUUUGGCGUCCAACAGGAGAUGUCCCGGCUGACCAACGAGAACCUGGACUUUAAAGAACUGGUAGAAAAACUGGAGAAGAAUGAGAGGAAGCUCAAAAAGCAACUGAAGAUUUACAUGAAGAAAGUCCAGGACCUAGAAGCUGCCCAGGCGUUGGCCCAGAGUGACAGGAGGCAUCAUGAGCUCACCAGGCAGGUGACGGUGCAGCGGAAGGAGAAGGACUUCCAGGGCAUGCUGGAGUACCACAAGGAGGACGAGGCCGCCCUCAUUCGGAACCUGGUGACAGACCUGAAGCCACAGACGCUGCUGGGCACCGUGCCCUGCCUGCCCGCCUACAUCCUCUACAUGUGCAUCCGGCACGCGGACUACACCAACGACGACCUCAAGGUGCAUUCCCUGCUGACCUCCACCAUCAACGGCAUCAAGAAAGUCCUCAAGAAGCACAAUGACGACUUUGAGAUGACGACCUUCUGGUUAUCCAACACCUGCCGCCUGCUCCACUGUUUGAAGCAGUACAGCGGGGACGAGGGCUUCAUGACCCAGAAUACGGCCAAGCAAAACGAGCAUUGUCUUAAGAACUUCGACCUCACCGAAUACCGCCAGGUGCUGAGCGACCUUUCCAUCCAGAUCUACCAGCAGCUCAUCAAGAUCGCCGAGGGCUUGCUGCAGCCCAUGAUAGUUUCUGCCAUGCUAGAAAACGAGAGCAUCCAGGGGCUGUCUGGGGUGAAGCCCACUGGCUACCGGAAGCGCUCCUCCAGCAUGGCGGACGGGGACAACGCCUACUGCCUGGAGGCCGUCAUCCGCCAGAUGAAUUCCUUCCACACGGUCAUGUGUGACCAGGGCCUGGACCCCGAGAUCAUCCAGCAGGUGUUCAAGCAGCUCUUCUACAUGAUCAGCGCGGUGACCCUCAACAACCUGCUCCUUCGCAAGGACGCUUGCUCUUGGAGCACCGGCAUGCAGCUCAGGUACAACAUAAGUCAGCUUGAAGAGUGGCUACGGGGAAGAAACCUUCACCAGAGCGGAGCAGUCCAGACCAUGGAGCCCCUCAUCCAAGCAGCCCAGCUCCUGCAGUUGAAGAAGAAAACCCAAGAGGAUGCGGAGGCCAUCUGCUCCUUGUGCACCGCCCUCAGCACCCAGCAGAUUGUCAAAAUUUUAAACCUUUAUACUCCCCUGAAUGAAUUUGAAGAACGGGUAACAGUGGCCUUUAUACGAACAAUCCAGGCACAACUACAAGAGCGGAACGACCCUCAGCAACUGCUGUUAGACUUCAAACACAUGUUCCCGGUUCUGUUUCCAUUUAACCCAUCCUCCCUGACCAUGGACUCAAUACAUAUCCCAGCCUGUCUCAACCUGGAGUUCCUCAAUGAAGUCUGAAGGCUUCCAACGUUAACUUGAGUCCCAGCAAAAGCAAGGAAGCGCAUACACACAGGAAAGUGAAUUCAGGGAUCUGUGUGAGGUGGUGAAAGUGGAUUCUAUCAGAGCCCGACUACACGUGGAGAGUGCUGCACUACACGGAACAAGCCACACCCAUGUCAUUAUUUUUUGUACCUACUGCUCAGAAUAAAAACACUUGAAAUAUGGAAAUUUUUUUAAGGUGGAUUUCAGUCUAAACACAUACACAUAAUCUAAGGCCACCCAAAAGUCCCCAUGGCCAUAUAAAAGGUGCCAGUUCUGUAAAAUGGAAGCUGCCUAGUUUUGCUCUUUGCAUAUAACUGGAGAAUGUCGAAAUUAAAAUUAUAUUAAAGAUAUAGCAAGUCACAUAAAUUGCCUUCAAAGGACUUUUACUAAAUAAAGGUACUAUUAACUAUGAUAACAACAUAUCCUGACCUUUACCCAGGCAGACGACCCCUAAGUGUGGAUGAGUUUGUAGUGAGAGGUUUCAAAUACAAAACUGUGGGCCCAGGCUUCCCAAUAAGUAUUCCCAGAGUACUUUUAAUGGCU